UGCCCCUCGGGUCUCAACGAGGCUGGGUGACACUCCAGAAUGGGAGACAAGCCAAUUUGGGAGCAGAUUGGAUCCAGCUUCAUUCAACAUUACUACCAGUUAUUUGAUAAUGACAGGACCCAACUAGGUGCAAUUUAUAUUGACGCAUCAUGCCUUACAUGGGAAGGACAACAAUUCCAGGGAAAAGCUGCCAUUGUGGAAAAGUUGUCGAGCCUUCCGUUCCAGAAAAUCCAACAUAGCAUCACUGCGCAGGAUCAUCAACCCACGCCAGAUAGCUGCAUCAUCAGCAUGGUUGUUGGCCAGCUGAAGGCUGAUGAAGAUCCCAUCAUGGGGUUCCACCAGAUGUUCCUGUUAAAGAACAUCAACGAUGCUUGGGUUUGCACCAAUGAUAUGUUCAGGCUUGCCCUGCACAACUUCGGCACUCAUGCUGUUUCCUCCUCCCUCCAGUUCCUGAUAAUAUUCACACUCCUCCAGAUGGUCCAAAUAUCAUACACAAAUAAGCAGAGCUUAAAUGGUGGGAGUGGGCGCAGUGCGCUGCUGCUACUGAGGUGUUGUGCAUGAUGUUUGGAUGCUAGACUAGUUGCAUCUCACAGGAGAAGUUUGUGUUGUACCAGCGCAUGCCUUGGAAAGAAUUAAGUAAUGCAAAAGGUUUUUUUUUUUUUUUUUUUUUUUUUUUU